CCAGCCCCGCCUGGUGGCGAAGCGUCUGGAACUGCAUCCUCCGCAUCCACACCGCAUCCCUGUCCUCCCGCGACUGCGUCCUGCAGCAACUGCCUGCAGAGACAAGGACCGCCACCCGCCAUGGUGAAGCUGGGCUGCAGCUUCUCUGGGAAGUCAGGCAAGGAAAUGGGAGGCCACGAAGGGGCUGCCAUGGACAGUGUCCCUCUGAUCAGCCCCCUAGAUGUCAGCCAGCUUCAGCCCUCAUUCUCUGACCAGGUGCUCAUCAAAACACAGACAGAAUAUCAGCUUUCCUCCUCAGACCAGACAAAGAAGUUUGGAGAUUUGGAGGGUCAAAGGCUGGCCUGUGGCCACCCAGAGGAAGGACGCAAAGUGCCGACUGCAAGGAUGAUCGCCUUCGUCAUGGCUCUCAUGGGCUGUGUGCUGAUCAUGUACAAGGCCAUUUGGUAUGACCAGUUCUCCUGCCCCGAUGGCUUCCUGCUUCGGCACAAGAUUUGCACCCCGCUGACCCUGGAGAUGUACUACACGGAGAUGGACCCCGAGCGCCACCGCAGCAUCCUGGCAGCCAUGGGCGCCUACCCGAUGAACCGCAAGCAUGGCACCGAGAUGCCCGCUGCCUGGGGGAACAACUACCGGGCCUCCAAGGGGGAGCAUAAGGGUCCCACCCCAGCGACAGUGGUUGUGUCCACUGCAGCUGCAACGGCAGCAGCGGGCACAGAGCCAUCAGGGAAGCCUUUGACCAUAAAAGAGAAAGAAGACCCACAAAAGGCGGAGGGCGUGCUGUCCCAGGCCCCCCAGUGACUAUCGUCCCGACCCCCUCACACACACACACUUCUGCUACUGACUGGGCGACCCCCACCAGCUUCUUUGAUCCGCGCACCUCCUGAUGCUUCUCCACCCAGUGAUUGUGCUCCUGCCCCAAAGCACCCCGCUGAAGCCCCUGCCCCUGGUGGGCCUCUGACUCUGUUGCUUUUCUGUAAGUAAAGUUUCACAUCUACCUGA